AUGAGUGAACAGUCUUCAAACCUGAGUACAAACUGGAGUUCCUCUUCUAUCCAAAAUGGGGCAUACUCCCGGAUUGAGUUGGCUUCUGCAUGCACGCUUGCAUUUCUGAGUCCCAUAACAGUGGCCACAAACAUUUUGUUAAUCACCACAAUUAUCAAAGAUCCUCUUAACUAUUUCAAGAAACCGACAAGUUAUUUUGUUCUUGGUCUUUCGAUAGCAGACCUUUUGUGUGGCUUGCUGGUUGAGCCGUUUUUCGCCUUAUACUUUUUUGUACGCUACUUUACAGCCGGCGAUAAAUUUCAAGUCAUCUCACACACGCUUUUUGUAAUCAGCUCAAUCAUUUCGACAGCCUCGCUGAAUGCUUCCUUCGUGAUGGUACUGAUGCUGUCCUUUGUACAGUUUAUUGCCAUAGAAUACCCUUACAAAUACAAGAUUUGGAUCAGAAAGAGAUUUGCACUCUCAUCCGUUAUGGCAACAUGGUUGUACUUCACCGUAUUCAGCCUCCUACCUGUUUUAGGUAUGGAUCAAAUCUUGUUUUUCAAACUGAAUUUGACACUGCAUUCCACAAUUAUCUCAGCGAUACUCGCCGUUCUUCAGAUUUUAAUAUAUAGGGCUUUUAAAGGACACUUGCAGAUUCACAAAAUCACUCGAACGACCAGUUUAUUAUUUCAUCUUCACAGCAAUACCGCAUCUCCGCAAAAAACUAGCGGAAAAAGACUUCUACAAACUCGCAGCCGCAAUUACGACAGAAAUUUUGUUCUGAUGACGUUUUACCUCGCUGCAAUAUUGCUCUUUUCGGCUUUUCCACACAUUGGUGUAUUUUACAUUUUCUUGUACAAACAAUACCGGAACCAGAAAGAGGAAGUCGUUUUGAAUAUUCUGUUAAGAAUAACUGAUCUAUUUCUUUUCGUAAAGGCUGCUGCCGAUGCAUUCAUUUUCGCGUGGAGACUGCCAUCUUACAGAAAGUCCAUACGCUUUUUACUGGCGAGAAAACACAAUCCUCAAAUCGAGACAAGUGUUUAG